GCUGCGUGUUUCCUCUCAACGCUGAGAACACGGGCGACAGCACCGAUAGGCGAGCAGCGUGAGCAGAACGUGCGCACCGGGCGCACGAUUCGUCAUAAUUCGCACGACUCGCAGCUUUAAGGCAGCCCGCACCCUGCAUUGCCGCCCAUCCCCGUAAUCCCAUCGCCCUCGAUCUGUGCCCACAAUGAGCGGGAGACUGGCUUCAGAGUACUCCUCCUGGAAGAAGCUCAAGGGCAUAUACGACUCGGAGCACUCCAAGCUUGUCCUGAAGGAGCUCUUCUCUCAGGACCCAGCGCGUUUCUCCAAGUUCAGCAAGGAGUAUGUCUCGUCUGAUGGUCCGCCGGUCACUUUCCUGCUCGACUACUCCAAGAACCUGAUCACCGAGCCUAUCCUCGCCACCCUACUCUCGCUCGCCCGUGAGGCCGGUCUCGAGACCUACCGAGACAAGAUGUUUGCUGGUGAGCACAUCAAUACAUCCGAGGACCGUGCUGUGCUGCAUGUCGCGCUCCGCAACUUCAACGACUUUCGUAUCUCCGAGGCCGGCGUAGAUGAGGUCCAGGGCGUGCUUGCACACAUGAAGGAGUUCACUGAGGCCGUCCGCAGUGGUGCUUGGAAGGGCUACUCCGGCAAGACGAUCAACACUAUCGUCAACGUCGGCAUCGGUGGCUCUGACCUCGGACCGGUCAUGGUGACGGAGGCUCUCAAAGCAUACUCGAAGCGCGACCUUACCGCACAUUUUGUGUCCAACAUCGACGGCACACACCUCGUGGAGACGCUGCGCGUGUGUGACCCGGAGACAACAUUGUUCAUCAUUGCGAGCAAGACCUUCACGACGCAGGAGACGAUCACGAACGCGACGAGUGCGCGCGAAUGGUUCCUCGCGAGCGCGGGCGAUAAGGCGCACGUCGCGAAGCACUUCGUCGCACUCAGUACCAACACGAAGGCCGUCACCGAGUUCGGCAUCGCGGAGGCGAACAUGUUCCAGUUCUGGGACUGGGUCGGCGGACGCUACAGUCUCUGGAGUGCUAUCGGCCUAUCGAUCGCGCUCGUCAUCGGCUAUGACAACUUUGAAGAGCUCCUCCGCGGUGCACAUGGCAUGGACAAGCACUUCAAGACCACGCCGCUCGAGCAGAAUCUGCCCGUCCUUCUCGCGGUCAUCGGUGUAUGGUACAAUGACUUCUACGGCGCGCAGACGCAACUCCUGCUCCCGUACGACCAGUACUUGCACAAGUUCGCGGACUACUUCCAGCAAGGUGACAUGGAGUCAAACGGCAAGUUCGUUACCAAGGGCGGCCAGCGGGUGGACUACCAGACUGGGCCGAUCAUCUGGGGUGCGGCGGGCACGAACGGCCAGCACUCGUUCUAUCAGCUCGUGCACCAGGGCACGAAGCUGAUCCCCGCUGACUUCAUCGCGCCCGCUACGACGCAUAAUCCGAUCCGCCACUCGCUCCACCAUCGCAUCCUACUCAGCAACUUCUUCGCGCAGCCCGAGGCGCUUGCGUUCGGCAAGACUGAAGAGGAUGUUCGCAAGGAGGUCGGCCCUAACGCAUCGGAAGCGCUGAUCAAGUCGAAGGUGUUCGAGGGUAACAGGCCGAGCAACAGCAUUAUCUUCCCGAAGCUGACGCCCGCUACCCUCGGUGCCUUGAUCGCACUGUACGAGCACAAGAUAUUUACGCAGGGCGUGAUCUGGGGCAUCAACUCUUUCGAUCAAAUGGGUGUCGAGUUGGGCAAGGUCCUCGCGAAGAACAUCCUUGCACAGCUCAAUAAGCCGGAGGACGUUGUUGGUCAUGACAGCUCGACUACUGGUCUCAUUCACUACUAUCAGAAGCACAGGCAGGAGUGACUGUUCGGCGGACGUCUCUGACGUGAAGGAGGGCG